GUCUUCCUAAUGAAUCAAAAGAACUUUUACAAAAAAUCAUUCCAACAUUUACUUCAAAAACACCAAUGUUUAAUUAUGCAGGAUUUUGUAGAGUUCUUUCAAUUCAGGAUAUUGGACGAAUCAUUGAUAAUGUUCUUGAACCAUCAAUUGAUUCUAUUGGAUCAUCUAUCAAUUCUUUAAGUAUAAAAUAUAGAAAUAAUUUAAUAGCAAGAGAGAUCAUAAAAAAUUUUUUGAGACAAAUUUCAUCAUUGAGAAGAUUAAAUUAUUGUGUAGAUAAUUAUAGUAUACUUAAUAAUAUAUCAUUUAU